GCUUCGACAACCGCGAGUCAAAAAUUGGCGCCGUUGCCGGGGAAUUGAUUUCACUUGUUUGUUUGUUUUUUUUCAUGACCAGAUCUGAACACAGGGACACACUGCCCUUUGAUCCAGAAAUUGAACUCACUCUCAGAAGACUUAGAAAGCAAGCCGCAGAAGCUUCAUCUGAAGCAACCGAAUUUUACCAACAAGCUGCACCAAUGGCUGAACCUAUUCCACAAGAUGCUGCCCCAAAUGGACUUGCUAUCCAGAACCAAAUAGUCCAAGAAAAUCCAGCAAAUAGGCCUCAAGAACAAAGAGAAAGAACUAUGGGAGAAUUGGCAACCCCUGUAGGUGACUAUGCACCACUUUGCAUCACCUACCCACCUCUGACAGUUCCCUUUGAACUGAAGACAGAAAAUAGUGUAAAAGGACAAUUUGGAGAAAAUUUCCCUAAAACUGCCUUAUUGGAGCAAAGAAUGAGGAAAGGAUUUUGAAGCUUAAAUAUUCAAGUUUCUGGGCCCACUUAUGGAUCAGCCCAUUCCCGCACCACCUUGCACUCAUGGCCCGCGCUGCAAUCAAUUCCAGCAAAUGAAACAAACUCUCCUCACGUGAUCAAGCUCGCACCGCCACUCGCAAUUCCCGCACGUUCAUCUCCAGCGAAUGGACCAAGCACAAGUCUUCAACCUUCACCUGCACAUGGGCCCCGCCAGAGCAACACUCACGUCCAUCCUCAGCGCACCGUGGACCACCCCAAAGCACGCACAUGGGCCCCGCCUCAUCAUCACUCACGAAGCCCAUUUCCGCUUGUGGACGCCCAUUCUUACGCGUGGACCGCGCAAUCAAGGCCAUGCACACGGACAGCCCGUGGACCGCGCCUUCUCUAAUUCUCCCGCAUUUGGGCCCACUCCGUCUUGCACAUGACCAAGCUCAAUUCACGCACGUCACAGCCCACUCACGCACACGGACCCGCGCUUCAUCACCGCACCAUGGACCAGCGCGCACACCAAACACGCACAACUCUCGCACAUGGGCAUGUGCACGCGUGGACAGCGUUUAGGGCAUCUCUCCAGCUCUAUUUAAAGAGCUCUUCAGUGGACGGACAAAUUCACAAUUCCAGAAUUCCUCAAAUCGGCAAAUUCCGCAGGGAGACAGAAUUCAAGAUUUCAAUUUCGGUUCUUUUCUUUUCCUUUUAAUUUUCUGUUUUUAAAUUAGCCUAAUUUUUUAAUUCUAGUUGAGGAUUGGUUGAAACUAAGGUUGUUUAAUGGGCUGUGAGAUC